AUGCAGAUGUCGUGCUCACGCCUGCCAGCCAAUGCUCUAACCGAGAAUGAUGUCGAGACUUGGAUGACGGAAGUUGAGAAUCAGAUGCUGGCAGCUGUGCGCGAGGUGAUCAAGAUUGGCGUCGAGAGCUACAUCGAGCUCGAGCGCACUGAAUGGGUCCUUCGCCAGCCGGGCCAGGUCUGCCUGAAUUCCAGCCAGGUCCACUGGACGGCCGAGGUGGAGGAGGCCAUUGGCCAGGCUGCACUGCCCGACUACUUCACAAAGCUGUCGGAACAGCUCAUGGGCCUGGUCAGAUUGGUGCGUGGGGACAUCUCCAAGCUUCAGCGCAUGAGCAUCGGCGCGCUCAUUGUCAUCGAUGUGCACGCAAAGGACACUGUGGAAAAGAUGGCCAAAGACAACAUUACGGACGUGUUCUCCUUUGAGUGGAUCUCCCAGCUGCGUUACUACUGGGAGAUGGACGACCGGGACUCUGAGAACCUUUGGGUGCGCAUGGUUCAGACACCCUUCCCAUAUGGUUACGAGUACCUGGGGAACUCCUUCCGCCUGGUGAUCACGCCCCUCACAGACAUGUGCUACAUGACCCUGAUGGGAGCGCAGAGUCUGAACCUGGGCGGUGCCCCCGCCGGACCAGCCGGCACGGGAAAGACUGAGACCACGAAAGACCUGGCAAAGGCGCUGGCCAAGCAGUGCGUGGUCUUCAACUGCUCACCCGAGAUGGACUACUUGAUGGUCGGGAAGUUCUUCAAAGGCUUGGCCUCCUCGGGAGCUUGGUGCUGCUUCGACGAGUUCAACCGCAUCUACAUUGAGGUGUUGAGCGUCAUCGCGCAGCAGCUGCUCCAGCUCUUCUCCGCAAAGCAGGCGAUCGAGUCAUACAACGACACCACGGAGCUGGAGUUCGAUGGUACCUUGAUCACCAUGAAGCCUACGUUCAACGUGUUCAUCACCAUGAACCCUGGAUACGCCGGACGAUCCGAGCUGCCCGACAACCUCGCAGCUCUCUUCCGGCCCAUGGCGAUGAUGGUUCCAGACUACGGCCUUAUUGGUGAGAUCAGCUUCUACGCCUUCGGCUUCGAGAAGGGAAGGCACCUGGCCAAAAAGAUGGUGACCACUUUCCAGCUCUGCUCCGAACAGCUCUCUGCCCAAUCACACUAUGACUAUGGGAUGAGGGCCGUCAAGACGGUCAUCGAGGCCGCCGGAUUGAACAAGAGGCAGUACCCAGAUCAGAGUGAGUCACAGAUCCUUCUGCGAGCCUUGCGGGACGUCAACGUUCCUAAGUUCCUGAAGGACGACCUGCCACUCUUCGAGAACAUCAUCUCAGACCUCUUUCCCGGGGUGGAGCGUCCCCAGAUGGACUACGGCAGGCUGGAUGAAGCAUGCCACGCGGAGAGUCUGUCGCAGACCUUGCAGCCGACCCCAUAUUUUGUCAAGAAGCAGUUCGAGCUCUUCGACAUGAUUCAAGUGCGUCAUGGGAUGAUGCUGGUCGGCCCGACUGGCGGUGGCAAGACGUGCUGCUAUCGAUCGUUGCAGCGGGCCUGCACAUCCCUGAUGGAUCCCACCAAGAACUCCUCGCCCUACCAGAAGGUCCACGUGCACUGCCUGAAUCCAAAGUCGAUUACGCAGAACCAGCUCUAUGGCUCCUUUGAUGAGAUAACUCGCGAGUGGUCGGAUGGUGUGGCUGCCGAGGAGAUCCGGAAUGCCACGCGCGACGCUGCACAGCCGGACCAUCACUGGGUUAUGUUUGAUGGACCCGUAGAUGCGCUGUGGAUCGAGAGCAUGAACACCGUCUUGGACGACAACAAGAAGCUCUGCCUCGUGAGUGGCGAGAUCAUCGCGCUUACACCGCAGAUGCGGAUGAUGUUCGAAGUCGAGGAUCUGGAAGUGGCCUCGCCGGCUACGGUCUCACGCUGCGGCAUGAUCUACAUGGAGCCAGAGAGCCUAGGUUUCCAGCCUCUUAUCGACUCCUGGCUGGCAGCGUUGCCGGAGACUUUCAACUUCCAGCCGGACAUUGAACGGCGAUUGCGGAAGUUCUGUGAGGGCCUUCUGCCGGCGAGUGUGGCGUACGUCCGGAAGUGCUGCAAGGAGGUUGUGCAGACUCAAGACACGAACUUGGUGCAGUCAUUGUUCCGGAUGCUCGACUGCUACUUCGCCCCCUUUAAGCCUACUGAACUCCGACCCGCUGCCGCCUUCAAAGAGGAGGUUGCCGAGUUCGUGGCUCACAUCACGCCGCUCUUCUUCUUUGCCAUGGUCUGGUCCGUGGGCGGCACCUGUGAGGGAUCCACGCGGCCCGCCUUCUCCAAGUUGGUUUGGGCCAUCAUCAACCAGGAGAAGCACGACCGGCUCGACAAUGAAGUGCAGGGCAUGAACGUGGAGCUGCCGCCUGUUCUCGACGGCAUUAAGCUGACAGGGAUGGACAUCGGCGCCCUUGUCUACGACUACUUCUACGACAUGCAGAAGAGUCAAUGGAUUCCAUGGAUGGAGACGAUCCCAGCCUUCGAGAUUCCCCGAGCCGCGCAGUAUGACGAGAUCGUGGUGCCGUCCAUAGACUCCGUCCGGCUGGUGUACGCUUUCCAGAUCCUGAUCACCCAUGACAAGCACGUCCUGUGCCCUGGCCCCACGGGCACUGGCAAGAGUGUGAACAUCUCCAUGUGGCUUCAAAAACAGGCUCCGGAGCACUUCUCAGGCGUCUUCGUGAACUUCUCGGCCCAAACGCACGUCAACCAGUUCCAGGACUUGAUCGACAGCAAGCUCGAGAAGAGGCGUCGUGGCGUCUAUGGCCCCCCGGCGGGCAAGAAGAUGGUGCUCUUCGUAGAUGACCUGAACAUGCCCCAGAAAGAGUACUACGGUGCACAGCCGCCCAUCGAACUGCUGCGUCAGUGGCAUGACCAUGGCGGGUGGUACAACAGGAAGGAGCUGAAGAAGUUCGACAUCACGGAUAUGAUCAUGGCCUCAGCGAUGGGCCCUCCCGGUGGCGGCCGCACAUUCAUCACCGAGCGCUUGAAGCGCCACUACAAUGUGCUGGCAUACUCCGACCUCCAGGAUGAGUCGAUCUCUCAAAUCUUCCGCACCAUUGCCAACUACUUCUUCGCUGGGUUCGACGAGGCCAUCCAAGCAACCAUCCCCUGCAUGAUCAAUUGCACCGUGAAGAUAUUCAAACAGGCACUCCAGGACUUGCUGCCGACCCCGGCCAAGUCGCACUACCUGUUCAAUCUGCGCGACAUCUGGCGAGUGUUCCUCGGGCUAUGCACUUUGAGCUCCAAGAAGGCAAACCAUCGUGACAUCGUGAUCCGCUGCUGGUGUCACGAGAUCCAGCGGGUCUUCGGGGACCGUCUGACGGAUGAUCCAGACGCCAGCUGGAUGCAGAAACAGGUCAAGAGCUGCCUGGAGGAAGACUUCCAGGUCGAAGUAGAGAACAUCUUCGUCCGGGAGAGGCUGUUGUUCGCCUCCUUCCUGAACCAAGAUGCUGAUCAGCGCUACUACGAGGAGGUCACCAACAUUCAGGCAAUGAAAGAAUGCAUUGAAGAGUACCUGGAGGAAUACAACAGCGUCAGCAGCUUGCAGAUGCCCUUGGUGAUGUUCCUGGACGCUUGCGAACACUGCGCCCGGAUCUGCCGUGUUCUGAGCCAGCCCAGCGGCAACGUCCUUCUUCUGGGGGUCGGUGGGAGCGGUCGUCAAAGUCUGACACGGCUAUCUACCUACAUGAAUGAGUGCGAAUGCUUCCAGAUCGAGGUGGCGAAAGGCUAUGGCAUGUCGGAGUUCAGAGACGAUGUGAAGAAGUGCCUCAUGAAGUGCGGAGUGGAGGACAAGGUGCAGGUCUUCCUGUUCUGUGACACGCAGAUCGUCAAGGAAGACUUCGUUGAGGCUAUCAACAAUGUGCUGAACAGUGGCGAUGUGCCGAACCUCUACGCCAAUGAGGACAUGGAGUCAAUAUCGGGGGCCUGCCGCCAGCUCUGUCAGAACAUGGGAAUGCAGCCCAACAAAGCCAACCUCUUCAGCGCCUACCUCUCGAGGGUCAAGAAGAACGUGCAUGUUGUUCUGGCAUUCUCCCCUGUGGGUGACUCCUUCCGAAGCCGCCUUCGGAUGUUUCCCUCGCUGGUCAACUGUUGCACCAUCAACUGGUUCCGGGAGUGGCCAGCGGAGGCCCUGUCCUCCGUGGCGCAGCAGCAGCUGGCUGUGAAUCAGGUGCAGCUGCCAAACUUCGAAGGCUCCGUGCGGCUCUUCCAGGUGAUGCACAUGAGCGUGGAACAGGCCUCGAAGAAGUUCCUCGAGCAGAAUAAGCGUCAUGUCUACAACACUCCCACGAGCUACCUGGAGCUCCUCUCCAGCUUUGUGUCUGUGCUGGCCAUGAAACGGAAGCAGGUGGGCACGCAGCAGAAGAGAUACAAGGUCGGCCUGGAGAAGAUUGGGGAUGCAGAGGAGCAGGUCAGCGGCUUGCAGCAGAUGCUGGUGGAGAAGAAGCCUAAGCUGGAGCAGACGCAGAAGAUGGUGGAGGAGAUGAUGAAGGUGAUUGAGGUGGACAAGGCUGCUGCUCAGGAGGUGUCUACCAAGGUCGCGAAGGAAGAAGCGGAGGCCAAGAACAAGGCGCAGGCCACCCAAAAUAUUAAGGACGACGCCCAGAAGGAUCUGGACGAAGCCUUACCGGCCCUCGAUACCGCCGUGGCAUGUCUGAAGAAGUUGAAGGCCGACCACAUCCGCGAGGUGAAGGUGCUUCCGAACCCGCCGGCGGGGGUAAGGCUUGCCACGGAGGCGGUGUGCGUGAUGUUUCAACUCAAGCCUGUGAAGAAGAAUGAUCCGAACACUCCGGGCAAGAAGAUCGACGACUACUGGGAGACGAGCCAGAAGGAGAUUCUGAACGAUCCCAAGGCACUUCUGGACCGGCUUUUCAACUUCGACAAGGACAACAUUCCGGAUCGUGUCAUUCAGGCGAUUACACCCUACAUGGAAAGAGAGGACUUCGACCCUGUGGCAAUCAAGAAGGCCUCCAUCGCCUGCGAAGCGAUUUGCCUCUGGGUGGGCGCCAUGUACAAGUACCACUUCGUGGCGAAGGCUGUGGAGCCCAAGCGACAGCUCCUGCGAGAGGCCGAAGCCGACCUUGCAGACUGCAUGGCCAAGCUGGAGGCCGCCCAGGCUGCCCUCAAGGAGGUUCACGACAAGAUCCGGAAGCUGGAGACUGAUUACAACCAAGGCGUGGCCCAGCAGGAAGGCUUGCAGCAAGACAUGGCCCUCUGCGAGAUCAAGCUGGAGCGCGCGCACAAGCUCAUCGGCGGAUUGGGAGGCGAGAAGGCCCGCUGGGGCGACAACGUGGUGAAGCUGACGGAGCAGCUCGAGCUCCUGCCCGGCGAUUGCAUCAUUGCCGCUGGCAUGGUCUCCUACGCGGGUCCCUUCACGUCUGAGUACCGCAGCUCCUUCGAGCAGGAGUGGCUCAAGGAGCUGGACAGGGCCGGCAUCACCCACAACGAGGAGUGCAACAUGCGCAGCGUCUUGGGAGAGCCAGUGAAGAUCCAGCAGUGGGUGGUGUACUCCCUCCCCAACGAUGCGCUGUCCAUUGAGAACGCCAUCAUCAUCGACCGCUCGCGCCGGUGGCCUCUCAUGAUCGACCCGCAACGGCAGGCGAACAAGUACAUCAAGAACAUGGGCAAGGACAUCGAGACGGGCUUUGAUGUCUGUAAGAUGUCUGAGACCAACUUCCUUCGUACCCUGGAGCUGGGCAUCCAGUUCGGAAAGUGGAUUCUGCUGGAGAACAUCGGCCUCAGCCUGGAUCCUGCACUGGAGCCUAUCUUGCAGCAGCAGAAGGUGCGCGACGGAUCUGGCUUCACCAUCAAGCUGGGCGACAAGUCCAUCACCUAUGCUGACACCUUCAAGUUCUUUAUGACCACGACAUUGCCCAACCCACACUACUCGCCGGAGACUUCCGUGAAGGUCACGCUCCUCAAUUUCGCCAUCACGCCCACUGGCCUGGAGGACCAGAUGCUGGGCAUCGUUGUUGCCAAAGAGCGGCCCGAUCUCGAAGAGCAGAAGAGCCAGCUCGUCAAGGACAACGCGAAGAUGAACAAGCAGCUGAAAGAAAUCGAGGAUGAGAUCCUCCAUCUGCUGUCGGCCAGCGAGGGCGACGUGCUGGACGACGACACUUUGGUCGACAAGGUCACGGCGUCGAAGCAGGUCUCCCUGGAGAUCGGGGAGAAGCAAGAGGUCGCAAAGGUGACGGAAGUUGACAUCGACAAUGCCCGUGAGUCGUACCGUCCAGUUGCAUACCGCACUGCAGUGCUCUUCUUCGGCAUCGUUGAGCUCGCGAACAUUGAUCCCAUGUACCAGUACAGCUUGCAGUGGUUUCAGCAGCUGUUCCAGCUGGCGGUGGACCAGUCGCCCAAGGCAGAUGUAUUGGAGGAGCGGCUGGAGAUUCUCCAGGAGCCCAGCAUUGAAGCUGACUCAAGCGAUGGGGCUUCCGGUUGGAAUAUGGUGGCUUUGGGCCCAGGGCCUGUUCUGUGUAAUGUAUAA